AUGGAGUCUGAGUUUAUUGAGCUGUUCAAAAGUUUUAUUGAGUCUUAUCGCACGCCGCAGGAUAAGGACAUUGCGGAGGAGAUUGCAAAGCUGCCGUACGAGGAUCACCAAAGGAUCGUCCUGAAUGUAAACGACAUGCGUUUGUUUGACAAAGGGCUGGCCCGGGGAGUUCUGGAGGAUCCAGCAACUCUGGUUCCGUUUAUUGAAGACGAGCUGAGUGAUAUUGGGGGGAGAAAGAUAUUUCUUGGGAUCAAAGGGUCUUUUGGAAACUACUUCCUCAACCCAAGGACUCUGUCGAGUGUCUAUAUAGGGAAGAUGGUUUGCGUUGAGGGGAUAGUUACAUCAUGCUCCAUAUGCCGGCCCAAGGUCAUGAAGAGUGUGCACUACAAUCCAUCGAAGAAUGUGUUUUACUCAAAAGAGUACAGAGAUGCAACGAUGGUGACGAAGCUUCCUGUGACUAACAGUGUGUAUCCGACAAGAGAUGUGGAUGGAACACUGCUGACGACCGAGUUUGGGCUUUCCGAGUAUUUUGAUUACCAGACUGUUGUCUUGCAGGAGAUGCCUGAAAAGGCGCCUCCUGGGCAGCUUCCCAGGUCUGUGGAGGUCAUACUGUCUUUCGACCUAGUUGAUGGACUCAAGCCUGGAGACAGGGCGAAGAUCUACGGGAUCUACAAGAGCCUCUGCUUUGGGAAUCAGCAGUUUCCCUCAAGAUUCCGAACGGUUGUGAUUGCAAACAACAUAGAAAAGGCCGAGGAGGAGGAAGUUGAGGUGGAGCCGGGGGUUGAGUUUGAGAGGCUGUCACAAAUGAAGAACAUGCACCAUUUGAUUGCACCCAGCAUAUUUGGGCAUGACAUUGUCAAGAGGUCGAUAGCUUUGCUCUUGGUUGGAGGAAACGAGGUGGUGAUGAGGAAUGGAAGCAAGAUUCGGGGCGACAUAAAUAUUUUGCUUGUUGGAGAUCCAUCGACGGCAAAGAGCCAGCUGCUCAGGUAUGUUCUGAAUGCAGCCCAGCUGUCCAUUGCAACCACUGGAAAGGGGUCGAGCGGUGUUGGACUGACGGCUGCGGUGGUUCUGGACAAGGACACAGGGGAGAAAAGGCUAGAGGCAGGAGCAAUGGUACUAGCAGACAGGGGCGUGGUGUGCAUUGACGAGUUUGACAAGAUGAGCGAUGGAGAUCGUGUUGCGAUUCAUGAGGUGAUGGAGCAGCAGACGGUAACCAUAGCAAAGGCAGGGAUUCACACGACGCUAAAUGCUAGGUGUUCUGUGCUAGCAGCAGCCAAUCCUAUAUGGGGGCAAUACAAGGAAUCAAGGCCACCACAAGACAAUGUAAGGCUCCCUGAAAGCCUGUUGACGCGGUUUGAUCUAAUAUUUGUGACCCUUGACAAGUCGAAUACAGAUAUCGACCAGCUGGUUUCUGGGCAUGUGCUGAGAAUGCACAUGUUAACCCAGGGGUACGAGGAAGAAGGAAUGGGAGUCAAACAAGAGGUGUUUAGGGCAUACAUUAGAUACUGCAGACAGAAAAAGCCUGUGCUCUCUCGAGAGGCGGCAGGUCUUAUAGCAAGGGAAUAUACCUCGUUGAGACAGAGCAAGGAUAGAAAGGAGCAGAUUGUUUCUAUCACGCCCCGGAUGCUGGAAACAAUGAUCCGCCUUGCCACUGCAAAUGCAAAGCUAAGGCUCAGCGAUGUGGUUGAGUAUGAUGAUGCAGAGUGUGCCGUGAAUCUGGUCAAGGACUCUCUGUUCCAGAAGAUUGUCAAACCUGCUAAACGGAUCAAGGCCGCGGCGCCUGAGGAACAGGACGAAUUCGAUUUGGUGGAUGAAAAGGGCACUCUGAAACAGCGUCUGGAGGCAGCCAUGAUUGACGAAGACAAAAUCAACUUUGUGAGCCAUGCAUUGUAUGAUUACAGCGCAGACCCAAAGAACCCUAGGAUACUCGAAGUCCAGGACUUCAUGAAAUACCUUGGGACAGAUGUUAGUGUGACAGAACAGGAGGUGGAGGAGAUCCUCUCCCGAUUGGCAGAAAAAGAUCUGAUCCUAUUUGAGAACGGAAGAAUAUACCUGCUAAAUUGA